UGUGGAGAAUUGGGAGGAAAUAGCCUUCCUGGUAUCAGCGCCUCAUAUAGGGUUACAGCAGAAGCCCCUCCCCUCUGUCUGGGUUUGUUCUAAACCCCUCGGCUGCUGCACACAAGGAGCUCACACCAACUCACAUACAGACUGGGAAAAAAGAGACAGAAGAUGGCUGACUCAGCUGGGCAUCAGGAACCUUCACUGGCAUCACCAGCUUCACCCAGGCUAUCCUCGCGAAUGACAGCGGCUCUUCUUUACCUUUAGAACACCCCCGCCCGUCGCCCAUUCGGGCAGCCCCUAUCGCAAAUAUUGACAGAAAUAACAAAAAAAAUGGCAGAGAUGGAGAAAGAAGGCAGACCACCAGAAAAUAAAAGAAGCAGAAAACCGGCUCACCCAGUGAAACGAGAAAUAAACGAGGAAAUGAAGAGUUUCGCAGAGAACACCAUGAAUGAACUCCUUGGCUGGUAUGGCUAUGACAAAGUGGAACUGAAAGAUGGGGAAGAUAUUGAGAUAAAGAACUACCCUGAUGGUGAGAGCAGGCAGCACAUCUCUGUCUUAAAAGAGAACUCCUUGCCAAAAUCGAAAGCAUUAGACGACAGCAUUAACUCACCAACCAAUGCAAACAGCACUAACUCAGGCCCGACGCCAGGGAACAGAAUGGCCGAGUCCUCAUCAUCCUCAUCCGCCUCUAGUUCCAAGGAUCACGGGAACGUUCCCAUAAUAGUUCCUUUGAUUCCGCCGCCAUUCAUUAAGCCACCAGCAGAGGAGGAUGUGUCCAAUGUCCAGAUCAUGUGCGCAUGGUGCCAGAAAGUUGGAAUCAAGCGCUACUCCCUGAGUAUGGGCAGUGAGCUGAAAAGCUUUUGCAGUGAGAAGUGUUUUGCUGCCUGCCGGAGAGCUUACUUCAAACGCAACAAGGCUAGAGACGAAGAUGGACAUGGUGACAAAUUUCCCCAGCAGCACUUUUCUAAGGAAACGCCAAGGCUUGUCUUCAAGAUUAACAACGAUGUGCUUGUAUGUGAUUGGUGCAAGCACAUACGACACACGAAGGAAUAUCUGGACUUUGGAGCUGGAGAGAGAAGGCUUCAGUUCUGCAGUGCAAAAUGUCUCAACCAGUACAAGAUGGACAUUUUCUAUAAGGAGACUCAGGCCAACCUGCCAGCAGGCCUCUGUAACCCAGGGCACCCGCCAAUGGAGAGCAAGCCCGAAAGCAGCAAUUUGCAGCUGCUGACUCCAGAUUCCUGGAACACUCCCCUGGGGGACCUGCGGCGGAAGGCUCCGUCUCCUGGCACGUCCAUGGCCGGCCACAACCAAGCACCCGGGCCUUCGGGCUCGGCCUCAGCUUCCCCCUCUGAAGCGACUGCCAUCUGUUCCUCUGCCAAAAUCCCCACUCCAGGCCCUAAGCCCCAUGAGAGCCCUACUCUCCCCCCUCCUGUCCCUAUCCCCGCCCCGCCCAUGGGUGUCCCGUCUGGAAGUCCGCCCAUGGUGAUGACCCAUCGUGGGCCCAUCCCCUUGCCCUUCUUCAUGGAUCACCCGAUGUUACCGCAGAUUCGUUCCCCAUUCCUCCGUGCACCUCACACUCCCAGCCCUAACAGUCCCCUGCCAAACCCAAUAAUCCCUGGCAUCGGUCCCCCCCCGCCCCCCAGGAACCUUGGCCCGACAUCCAGCCCCAUGCAUAGGCCCAUGCUGUCCCCACACAUACACCCACCCACAACCCCCACAAUGCCUGGUAACCCUCCAGGGUUGAUGCCUCCCCAUCCUGGUGCCCCCAUGCCAGGCUUGCCCUUCCCGCCAGUCAACAUGAUGCCAAAUGGCCACAUGCCUAUGCCACAAAUGAUGAACUUUGGUGUGCCAUCGCUUGCCCCCCUGGUGCCACCCCCAACUUUGUUGGUGCCAUACCCGGUCAUUGUUCCUCUCCCAGUGCCCAUCCCCAUCCCUGUCCCCAUCCCCUUCAACUCAAAGGCCUCAGCUGGUCUCCGUAACAACAGUGAGAACAUCAUUCCAAGCACAUCCUCUGAGGCAGGUGAGUCCAAGGAAACCCGGCUUUUCUCUCCUGGCUCGCGAGGAGAGGCAAACACCAAACACGAUUCUUCUAAUGCCACCGAACUUUCCCCAGGGUUUUCAGGCCACCUGUUGAACCCAUCCCCCCCUGAACAAGGAGGAAGGACUGAAGUGGUCGAUUUGACUGUGAAAGCUGAGAGCGCGGUCAAGUCCAGGUUGUCCCUCACAAACUUGCCUGCUUUGCCGCAAGAUGGUGUCAUAGACUUAACAGUGGGCCGCCGGUCCAGGCUUCAGCAUGUCAUUCAAAGGGCAGUGCCAAGCACUCAGGUGAAAGUCGAACACGAACCACCGCACAGUGUCCUGAAUCUGACUUUCUUGAGUGAGGACAAGAGGAACUGCAGUGGACUGGAUGACGAGAGCAGAGACAGCUGCAGCCCUGUCGACCCUUUAGCUUUGCCCUGUAGCGACCCGGCUCACUGCGGGGCCCCUCCAGCCGUGCCGCCGCCGCCGCCGCAGCAGCAGCACACUCUGAUGUCAAGCAGCUCAGGGCCAGAGCCCAGCCCGGCUGCCGUGUGCAAUGUCAUCGUGAAUGGCACAAAGACCCCGGACUCAACCAGCAAGAGCGCCUCCUCGGAGCAGCGUCCAGAGCCCAGGAAAACGGCCCAGCAGCUCCCGCUGGAAGAGCCGGCGGUGAGCGAACUCGAGUCAGUGAAGGAGAACAACUGCACGGGGGCUGGCGGCUUCCAGAUGGAGCUGGACACAGGUAAGAAGGUUUCAUCAGAGGAGCCGUUGGGCAGUGGGGACAAACAGGACCCCAACCUGAACAACCCAGCUGACGAGGACCACGCCUACGCCCUGCGCAUGUUGCCCAAGGCCGGCUGUGUCAUUCAGCCUGUGCCAAAGCCCACAGAAAAGACUGCCAUCACACCCUGCAUCAUCUCCGCACCCCUGCUCAGCACAGGACCUGAGGACAUUGAGCCACCACUAAAGAGGAGGUGCCUACGAAUUCGCAAUCAGAACAAAUAAAGUAAAAAAGCUCUGAUGAAAGGCAGUGUCCCACUGAAAGGAUAAGUGAAGAGGUGCCACAUCUCACUGCAGACACCAGCUGCCCUCCUUCCUCUCCCUCCUCUCCCAGUCAACCAGCAGUCAGGCCACCCCACGUUAUCUCUGAAUGGACAGGGCCCUGCUCAGUGCCACCCAUACCCACCCAGAGGUGUUUCUGUGACUCCAGCCCAGCAGCAGCAAGUACAGCAUGUCUGCAUCUUCUGCCCAGGACAAGAGUACUCGGAUACUUGUGGAAGUCACCGUUAUGCCCCUUGGGACGUUCCUACUGCUGCCCUUGUCUUCUGUCUUGCCUGUUCUCUGAGCCCUGUACUUGUCUCCUGUUUGAAUUUUACUUUUGGACCAAUAAAGGUACUAUUUCUCUCUGGUACUUUAGAAGCUCAUGAUAAUUAGAGUCAGGGGCUGGAGGUAGAGUUCUGAACUAAUCCAUGCUAUCCUUAUCGGAUUACCUACCUUAAGAUAAAUGUUAAAUAUUGGGAUCACAGGGGUAUAGACUACCUUUGAUGCACUUUGCAAUGAAGCCUAAACAUUAUCUAUUAUCUUGAAAAGUAAUACGUUUUCUCUUCUCCCAUUACAAAGGCCUAUAUUGUUCUCAUUUAUUCGAUGCUGUAUCGCCAUUGUUACAUUUUGUUAGUCUGACCAAACCAAGAAGAACUGUGUAGAAUUUGUGUUUCUGUGUUUCGCGUUUGACUGGGUGCCAAGAGAACUUGGUAAAUGUUUGUUCUUCUCAGCUUUCUCUAUUCCCCCCCGCCGAUCCCCACUCCCCACCACCACCACCCCCACCCACUGGGAACUGAGUGAUUGUUUGGAACCGAAGACCAAAAACUCCCCGAAGGUGUAAAACAAUCCGAGGGGAAUAUUUGCUGGGCGUCAUGGAGGAAAAAAAAAGGAACUGUGAUGAAAUUUCAACCUUGAUGGCUUUCAGUGAUCCAGGAAGUCAGGGAAUCCAUCUCUCCGUAUGCAAAAGCCUUUCAUGAUAAUUAGAAUGGUACGGACAAACCAAUGAAAAUAAGAGGGGGAGAAAGUGAGAAGGAACCCCCAUAGUCCCCUUUCACUGUUUACUUUUCUUGCUGUCAUGGUAAAGAGAGAAUGUGCAAUUGAAUCCUCAUUCACUGGGUGGAGGAUAACAGGGUAGAAUGGAACUUGUGUGCACUUGUACAGCCAGCAAGUCCAAAAGUACAAUAGAGCAUGCAUGAGCUCCACUGGAAAGAGAAGGCCAUUUUUUUUGUAUAAAUCUGGAGUAGCAAAGCUCGAUGGACAACGUUGUGUCACUGGACCUGCAGUAGGAUUUGAGCAGAGUGAUGCACUAGAGUAAUUCUCCUGCUGUAUUGUAAGUUAGUCACUGUUUCUAGUCAUUACUAAAAUCCCAAUUUUGUAAAAGAUCCAGUAUUAAAAGAUCCAGUAUGACACUUCAAAUGGCUUUGAAAAGCACCUUCUAGACAGGAUGUUACAACUAAAGUGUUGGUUUAGACAGGGGUCAUGUUACAUCCUUUGACUUAGUGAAAAAAAGAAAACUGCAUAGUGGUGUGUGUGUUUUGUUAACAGAAGUAUCACACCUGGACAUAUUUUAUGUCAUUAAUGCAUCUUUCUGUUGUAGGAACUGUUUAGGAUGCUUGUAUGUUUUAUAUAUAUAUAUACGUAUAUGGUUGAAGAUUAUUGAUCGAUUACACGAAUUAUGAAAUGUGCAAUAUAAGACAAACAUUAUUGUUUGAGGUAAAGAUCCCCAAGUCAAAAAACUUUGUUAUAUAGUGUGUUGUGCACUGAGCAUUCUCGUGCUGUGUGCUGGAUGAGAUCUUUCAUUUUUCAAUAAUGUCCAUCUGCCUGAUUCUUUAAAAGACAUUCACAAAAUCAAGCUAAUGGAUUUGUUAAGUGAAACACAAACCACAAGGCACACAGGGCAACUACAAUAAAAAAGCAUUUAAAACUGAGAACAGGAGGCACUUUUGUUACGCAAAGGGUUAUAGGAGUUUUAAACAAGCAACCCAGGCAUGUGGUCAAAAUAGAAAUCCUGGCAUCCUUCAAGAAACAGCUGGAUGAAAUCCCUUGAUUAAUGUUACUGGCAUCAAAACUAGCCGGGUAGGCCGAACGACCCUCUCUUAUUUGUAACUCAGGUUUUCAGUCACACUAACGCAUUGAACACAUUAACACAUUCUGCUCUUAAAGUUUGUUUCACUUGUUUAUCGUUUCAAAAGUGAUAAAGACUAUGAAAGGCUAUACUAAGAGGGUUUCCCCAGUUAAAAACAAUACCAAUUCAGUAUUUUCUGACAGUAAGUUAUCCAAAGAUAAGAAUAUAAAGAACACUAAGUACUGAGUCUAAACUGCAUAGUAAACAAAAUUUUAUGUGACUCCUUACCUUAGCAACUCUUCUCUUCUGGAAGUUAUUGAUAGAGUUUUGCUCCUGCUAUAUGUUUAUAACAAUAAAGAAAAUUGAGCCAAAUUCAGCAUAUUUUAAUAUUUGCAGUACUUUAUAAAUCAAAUUUACUGAUGGCUUAACUAUUGCAUGUUCAUUUGAAGCAGAUAUCUUAUAAUCUCUAUUUGAAGGACUGUCAAAAAAUGUGCUCUAAAUAGUGGAAUUUUGUUAUCACAAUGUCAUUUUAGUGGGGAAAUCUGAUAUAAGUGUGAUUUUGUAAGCAAUAUGUCAUUAGUGCAUAUCUUUGAAGGUGCUUCUGCUAAUAAGUUAAAUUUCUCAUUUGUAUCUUGUCAGUUCCUGUCAUAAUUACAGGAGGCAAACCCAUGCCUUUCUGCCUCAAGCAAAGGCCUGUGCAUCUUAAGGUUCGUUAUUAAGAUACAUCAUUACACUUAACAUUUUGUUUCUUUCCUUUGCUGCAUGCAGCAUACCCCAACAAACCUGUUCAUGUCAACCAGAAUCACAGACAUGCUAAAGACUUGAACCCAGGACUGACUCAUUUCUCCACCUCUGCCUUCUUGUCUUUCUUUCUACAAACGGGGGAUUUUUGUACCCUUCGAAGUCAAGGCAGUGAACGCAACCUAAUCCGUUCGUGCGCAUUGAUUUUUCUUUCUUUAGGAAUUCGGUUUCAUGUGGGUUUAAUUGGGUUUUUUAGCUUUUCGGUCUAAUUGUUACACGUUUCAGCCUUUCUCCUUUUAAAACUCUGGUCCGUCGGUUGCUCUUAUUUUUCAUGGUAUAACUUUUCAGAAAUUGUAUAUCUGCAUAGCAACUCACAGCAGCCUGCCUGCGCCACGGUUUCAGGUGUCAGUGCGAUGAAAAGAGCUCCCAGUCUAAGAGCUGGGCAGCACAGACUGUUCUGAAGUCACACAGCAGCUUGGUGCUGGCAGGCAGUUGUUCAGAGUUGGAGAGGUGCUACUCGUAGUGGAUACAAGGUUUGUGUGCACAGGACAGGCAGAUGUGACAUUGCUAAACAAAGGAUUUUUUUUCUUUCUGUUUUUGCUGUUUUUUUUCCCCUGCCCUGUUAAAUGCCAGCCUGUGUAACCAGAGCUCAGUGUCCAGAUUAGAGAUCGUUGAGUCAGAUCAGUGGUGAAACCCAAACCUGUCUAUGUUGAUGGUGAGGCAUUUAGGAGAGAGUUCUCUUAUGCCAAGACGGGGAUUCGAUGUCACACUAAUUAUUGCUUCUACUUUUCUGUAUUUUUCUGCCUCAUAAUUCCUUCUGUUUCAGCCAAGGUUUUAGCAAAAGGGUGUUUCCUCCAAUCUCUCAGUUUCACAUGUUUGAAAUAGCACGUGAAUUCAGUCCUGUGUUUAAAAUCUUUAUUGUAGAAUUCUAGAAUGUUACAGUAUUAAAAUUUGGAUUUUUGGGGAGGGUAGGAGAAUUAGUAAGAAACGAAAAGCAAACCUCCAGCUUUAAGUGCUUUGGUUUUUAAUUGUUUGGAGGUGGGAUUUUAUUUAAAUCAAGCAGUAAAGAAGACUUUAAAAAAUGCCAUUCCCUGUCACUGUUGAUUACACUAGGCCAGAGCCUUCUUUUGAAAAAAAUGAAAGGAAAAUGCCUUUCUGUCAGUGAGAAAGUGAGGAUUCCCCACCAUCCCUGUCAUCCCCUCUCUCCUGUGACAUUUGUCACACUGCCAGCUGUCAGGCUGCUGCUCCCCACCAUCACAGGCCUGCUGAAGACCUGGGUGGGUCUUCAGCCAUUCGUUCAAGCAGUCAUCAGGCUAGUGACAGUACACACAGGCCCACACAGAGGCCUGAGACCAGGCUUCGGCAACAAACGAGCUUGACGUCACUCCAACUGUUACUCACCAAUCACCCUGUGGUUUCACGUGCCAACAGCAAGUCCUGCCUAUUCGCCUCGUUCUUUCUUAUAAAAGCGUUUUGCUGCUUCAUAUAGUUGCCGAUGCCCAGUUCACAAAAUAGUCCCUGUCUAUCCGCAGUGCUGUUUAGGACUAAGGUCAUCAACACUGCUUUGCACCGAGGUGGAACACAACAAUUCAAAUACACCCAUUUCCUUCUGCUUGCCACAUCACAAAAUGCUUUUCAGAGACCUGUCUGUUCAUAACAAUUCAUGAAGUGUUAAAACACUGAAUUGUGAUUUUGGAAGAAUUGUUAGAUUUCUACUUUCCUGUGGAACCUACCGUAGCUUUGAUAGACAAAUAGAUGUUGACUACCAACAUUUUUCAAAUAUUUGUACCCAGUCUCUUUUUAAGUGUAAAGAUGAAACAAGAGUUUGCAAGCUGUGCUUUCUCUAUUUUCUUCAAUGUGUGCAUGACUUUCCUCAUCAAGUUGAGGUAAAGGAUCCAUCCUUGAAAAGUGAUUAUUGCAGACUUGUUCUUAACAGCUGAGGAAGAUUGUCCUUCGUUUCAUAAUACUGUUUUAAAUGGAAGUGAUCCAAAUAUCGAUCUCUCCUUUUUUAGUCACUAAAUCACGGAAAUUUACAUGGAUGUAUACAGUAUUAUCUUCUUAAAUUAGGUUCUCGUGAAAUAUCAAUGCCAAUGUUUAGGAUAAUCUUUGCUGUACAUGAACAUGAUUUCCAUGGCAAAUCCCAGCUGGUGUUGGAAAGUGUCUUACAUGCUACACAGAGGAAAUGUACAUAUUGUAGAAUGAAAACUACAUGUGUCUUUAUUUUAAGAAUGAUAACUUCACAGCGGGGCACAUAUGAGAUUAGUAGUUUCCAGCUGUUCUGAGGUUUAAAAUAAAGAUGUUGGGAAGAGACCUGGUUUUCAUUUAGAGUGACUGCAUGGCAAAACGGAACAAGGGUUUAUUGUAUGUACACAGACACAUUACACCAUUUUUUAAUUUCUGGAAAUCUGUAUGAUAACAAGGAUUUUUUUUAAAUGACAAUUGACCAUAAUCACCUGUCAAGUGAAAUGUAGAAAAUAUCAUUAAUGUUUCAAAAUGUUAAAAUUAAUACAUGUCUUAGCAUUGUAUACAAUUAAGUUCCUUAAAAUGUGAAUUAUUUAUAAACUUACUUUACUAGGCCUGAUAGCUGCAGCUCCUUAACCUAAAUAACCACAUGGUGUCAGUAUUGGCAUCAGUGACCUGUUCAGUUUUAUUAAGAAACCUGCUAGAAAAGCAAGGUUUUUUUAUGGAACAUUUUAACACAAAUUCAGAUUGGUAUUUUAUGACUUUUUUAAUAGGUUUUAUUAAGAGUCUCUAAAGGAUCUCAUUACUGUUUGAGGUGACUGGGCACUGAUGGCUUUGAAAUGUCACGCAUGGAUAAGAUUGGUCACCCAAGCAUUUUGAAUAUUGGCCCCUCUUGUCACUGGAUUAAACCAGUUUAAUCCAGUGAUUCUGAAUGUUCCAUGUGGUUAGUACUGUUCAAGCAUCCCAGUGUUUUUUUUCAUACAGUAUCCCGGUUUGGAGACCUUUGCCAAAACCGGCUUUGUAUUCUGCUUUUCAAAUAUAUUUUAAAGGAUCUGCUAGGACCUCUCAAUCUUGGGCAGUCUAGCUCUAGCUGCUUUGAUGACUAACAAAGCAGCUAGAAUCAUCAAUGGCUGAUUAUUUUAAAUUGAUGCACGAGCCUUAUAAAACAAGUUCUUCCCGCUAAGAACAGGAAUGUUUGAGCCCGUGUGUGUGUCAUACUGGAUCUUUGCCUUAUCCUUCCCCAACUGUAUCUUUCAUAAACCCCGUCAACGAGUGAGCAGUGUGGCUUCUGGAAUAUCAUUCUAAGCGUUUACCACAUUACAUGUGAACUUGCGAGUUCUAGAAGGCAAAUCUGUACAGUAUUUGGAGGUAAAAACAAAAUGAAAGGAAUUCCUCCCUUAAACGGCAGUACACAUCGUGUUACAGUCAGGUAGGUUCAAAUCAUUCUGAAGGUGGUUAACAGCCUGUAUUAUGCAACAAGUACCUUCCCAGUCCAGUGAAGUCUGUGACGUUAAAAAAAAAAAACGAGAAGUUUAAAAACUUUUUUUAUUGUUACUUUUCAAAGGUGAACUGAAAUGCUGCCUUAAUUUAUCGCUUGUGUAUUCUACUGUUCUGAUAAUGCUCGCUUCUUCUUGUUUAAAACCCACUUUGUAAAAAAAACAAACUGAUUUGGUAUCUUGCUAGUGUUGAUGUAUAGAUUCUCAGCUGUUCUGUGACUUGUAUGACCCAGAAAUUUUGCUACAGGUUCACCCAUGCCCACCCCCACUUACAUGUAAAUUUGACCUUGUGGUGGUUUCUAUACCUUUUUUGUGUACUUGCAGAACAUUUUAUAGUAUUAUUUAUUAUUGACAAGUGUUUGCAUUUGCAAAUCAAUAAAAUAAAACGUUCAUGGGCUCAGCAUUUGCAACAUAGUUGCACAAGUAUUGUGAGAAGAAUGACAUGCUGUUCUCACAAAAAUAAAAAAGGACAGAACCCCUCAUUCUUUUAUUAAAAUGUUACUUUGACUUGUCACAAAUUCUGCUUUAAAAGUAUCAUUUUUGUGUUGUAACAGUAUUUGUUUUACCCAGUGAAUUGCAUAUGAACACAAUAAAUAGAGCCACACAUUACUUUUC